AUGCCUCAUCAUUUAACCUCCUUCGUGGCUGCUUUAACUGGAUCUGUUACCUCAGGAACGUGUUGUGGUUGCAUCCCAUUCAGUUUCUCGUCUGCAGUCUCCCCAGCAGUUGCAUCUUCAACUGCCCCUUUGUCAGCUGCCAUACCGAAUACAGCAAUACCGGCAGCUGUUGCUUCUCAAAGUGCUGUAUCAUCUACUCCUGUAUUAACAAGUGUUAUGGCAUUCUUUGCUCCAUUAUUAGCAUUUUAUAAAAAAUACAACAUCUUUGAAGAAACAAAUAAUUGUAGUAUAGAAAAGGUAGACAAAAUGUGUCAAUGCAAUUUCAUCAGUUCAGAUGAUUCAUAUUAUCUUAAUAAGGAUAUACCAAGUGAAGAACCCUACUUUGGUGGAAAAGAUAAUUACAAACAAAGAAUAGAUAAUAAUGAAAAUAUUACUAGUGAUAGUGAAACAAUGAACAGGUGCAAUUUAAAUGGUGAAGAAAUGAUUAAAGAAGAUCUGGAGUCAUUAAGUCAUGAGAAAUCAUUGACAAGUAGUAUAUAUUCUACACACUCCUUUCUGGAUGAUACAGAACAGGAUUUAUUUAAAAAUUCAAAUAAUUACUAA